GUGACGCUGCAUUAACCCAGUGAGUAAGUGAACACAUAUAGUCUAUUGAUAGAUGUCGGUAUUUUCACGUCUAUUAAAGUACAGAAGAAGGGUCGGAAACUAUAAUAAGGACUUUUUGAAACCACUUCUUUUAUGACAGUUUUUUUUUUUUACUCUCCCUGGAUAUUGAAGUUUGCCAUUUGAGUCUCUUGUAUCCCAUCUUCUACUUAGGAUGGCUGAGCCUGCUGAGCUGCUGCUCAUCAAGGACCAGUAUGAGAUGGCGUUUCAUUCUCUGAACUGUGGCUUGGCUGCUGAAGAGGCCGGGAAAAGAGCAGAGGCCCUGGAGUAUUACAGGAAAGGUCGACAGCACCUUGCCCAAGGACUGGAAGUUCCCACUGGGGCAGAGAGGCAGCAGGGGGCAGUCUGGGACACAGCCAGGCAGCUUCAGCAAAGAAUGAGGGAGACUCUGAAGACUGUCAACAUUCACCUUUCUGACCUGGAGACCUCUCAGCUGACAACAGGAGCCCAGAGGGGCCGCCUAUUGAUGGAUCUUCCUCCCAGUCUUUACCCAGACCUGGCACCAAGCAGCCAGCCUCCCCAAAGCUCCCUCCACCAUCUGUACCCCACCGUGCCUGCCACCACCCAGAACACAAUCCCAACCCCAAAAGUCCCUCCCAGGCCUCCCUCCCCUGCUGUUCUGCAUAAACACACGCACCCUGCAGCAGCGCCAGGGACUGUAGCCAUGGCUAACCCAGGGGACCAGCCUCCAGCGUACACACCUAAGCCAACAAUUGGCCACCGCAGUCUGUCUUACAGUCCUCCUGGAGGUGGCCUCGGGUCAGCAGGGCAGACCGGAGCAACAUCAACAGAUGGGACUGAACUGCUUUUUAUCCCUUCUGGGGUGCAGAUGUUUUUUGUGGCACCAAAUGGGCAGGUCAGCUCCCUGUCUUACCCAGGCUACCUGCGCAUCAUCACAUUUGACAAUCAGCACAAGGACUCCACCGCUGGACAACCCUCAGCAUAUCUACAUGUGUGUGACUGGCUAUACCCGCUGACUCCAGAUACUCCGGUGCUGUUGGCUAACUCUGGGAUCUUCAUGUUCCCUGACAUGUUGUCAGAGACGCCAGGGUCCUACGUUGGCUUAGUGUUGUCCUCCGAACUGCCUGCUGCCCAAAGAGAGACGUUUCAGGACCUCCUCUCGCAGCUCGCUGAACUCAGAGUCCAGGGUCCAGAGGGGUCAGGGUCAGAGAUCAUCAAUCUGAGUGAGAAAAUCCCCCUCGGUCCCACGAAAGAACUCGAAGGACUGAUAGCGCCAACAGGGGUGAGGGAUAAACCACCACUUCCUGGAUGGAGUGAGAAGAUGGCACAAGGAAUCUUGACAGGAGCUACACGGUUGAGUGUAGGGUUUGUCAAAGGAGCCGAGGCCACCGGCAGGGCUAUUCAUAGAGGAGCAGCCAAGAUCCGGGACCACAUCACACCUGAGGAAACUCCCUCAGAGGUCAGCCCUCGGGUCACCAAAGGUCUGCAUGUGGCUAAACAGGCCACGGGGGGUGCUGUGCGAGUCAGCCAGUUCUUGGUUAAUGGAGUGAGUACAGUGGCGGAAAAAGUUGCAGAUAAAGUGGCUCCCCAUGUGAAGAAACAGGGCGCUAAGCUGGUCCCAGAGUCUAUGAAGAGCAAAGAUGGCAGCCCUUCCAACUGGGAUGGAGCCAAGUUUGUGGCAGCCAAAAGUUUUCAAGGUUUCACUACUGUUUGGUCUAGUCUGGAGACCGGAGCAAAGCUUGUUGGCAAAAGUGUUGCAGCAGAGACGGUCACAACUGUGACAUACAAGUAUGGUAACAAUGCAGGUGCAGCCACAGACACUGCGCUCAAGUCAGCGAUCAAUGUCGGUGUGACUGCCUACAAUGUCGACAAUCUGGGUCUCAAAGCCAUCCUGAAGACUGCAGGGAAGAAGACAGCCAAGGCCAUGGUCAAAAGCCCGGAGGGACAGACAGCAGAAGCUGAGGGGAAGGAGGCUCAGAAACGAGAACAUCAAACAGAGACUAAUGGGAAGGAAAAGAUGAAGAGAAGGGAGGAAGCGCAGAAAUAAUAGAUUCCUAGAGGAUGUUUAACACUUUGCUUGAUGCUUUCUGCCACACUGAUGCAUCAACUCCUCAUUUACAUAUUUAUACACCAAAAUAGGCCACUUAUUUCUGAAGUGGUUAUUUAGUUGUAUCAACUGGCAGUGUCAAAACAAGGAAGCAAAAAUAUAGGAUUUAGCCCAUUAAGUCAAAGUGCAAUUUUACUUCAAGUUAUUGAAUACUAACUUAUUUAUAUCUCUCUAGGUCAGGGUUGGUUGCAGUGUUUUGUCUUACCUUUUUUUGUAGUGGUAUUUAGGCAUGUCAUUAUGCAUUUAUUGGUUUACAUUUUGUGUAUGUUUUUUAGAAGACAAAAUAUUAAGUAUAUAUACCAGUAAAGAGUUCACUUAUA